AUGAUCUUUGGCACUCAACGACCACCAAUCGACCACCCUCCAACGACUCUAAGACAUGCACGAAAAAUCAAGCACCUCCACCACAAAAAUGCACCGCCACAGCAGAAUGCACCGCAUUUUGCCCCUGGAGCUGUCUCAAUGGUUGAGCAGUUUCAUAGGUACAAGCCUUCCACUUUCGACGGUAAUUCUGAACCACUGGUUGUCGAAGAGUGGAUAAGAGGCCUGGAGCGCAUAUUUCGACACAUUGCUUGUACGGAUGCACAGAAAGUAUUAUGUGCAGAAUUUAUGUUGAUUGGAGCAGCUGGUCACUGGUGGGAAUCUGUUUCACGUACAAGGACGGAAGAGCAGCAAUGUAAUCUGACUUGGGAGCAGUUUAAAGAUGAAGUGAUGGCAAAAUAUUUCCCACAGGCUUUGAGAGAUUUCAAGGAAUCAAAAUUUUUGCAGCUCAGACAAGGGAGUAUGUCACUUACUGAUUAUGAAAGACAGUUUGAGCAGCUCUCAAGGUAUGCCCCGCACUUGGUGGAUACAGAAGUUAAGAAGAUUAGGAGGUUCGAGAAUGGACUGCGCCCUGAGAUCGGCAUGAUCAUUAUGUCCCAUCGUUUCACCUCAUAA